AGCCGUGACGACCGCGUCGCCGUCGCUGGGCUCCUUCGGCCGCUGCGCUUCCCGUUCUGUGCACCACAGUGGCCGCCCCGCGGUCCUGCGGCUCUUCCUCCCGCUGCUGCGGGCCGCGGGGCCAAGGCCAUGUCCCGAAAGCAGGCGGCGAAGAGCCGGCCGGGCAGCGGCGGCCGGAAAGCCGAGGCCGAGCGCAAGCGGGACGAGCGGGCGGCCCGCCGGGCCCUGGCCAAGGAGCGGCGGAACCGGCCUGAGUCCGGCGGCGGCGGCGGCGGCUGCGAGGAGGAGUUCGUGAGCUUCGCUAACCAGCUGCAGGCCCUGGGGCUGAAGCUGCGGGAGGUGCCGGGGGACGGCAAUUGCCUGUUCCGAGCGCUCGGCGAUCAGUUGGAGGGCCACUCGCGCAACCACCUCAAGCACCGGCAGGAGACGGUGGACUACAUGGUGAAGCAGCGGGCCGACUUCGAGCCCUUUGUGGAGGACGACGUCCCCUUUGAGAAACAUGUGGCCAGUUUGGCAAAGCCUGGUACAUUCGCUGGCAAUGAUGCAAUUGUGGCCUUUGCAAGAAAUCAUCAGUUGAAUGUGGUGAUUCAUCAACUUAACGCCCCACUGUGGCAGAUUCGUGGCACGGAUAAGAGCAACGUGCGGGAGCUGCACAUUGCAUAUCGGUACGGAGAGCACUACGACAGCGUCCGGAGGAUCAACGACAACUCCGAAGCUCCUGCCCAUCUCCAGACGGAUUUUCAGAUACUUCAUCAAGAUGAAUCAAAUAAAAGAGAAAAGAUCAAGACAAAGGGGGUCGACUUCGAAGACGACCUGCAGGACGAAGUGGAGGACGCUGUCCAGAAAGUCUGCAGCGCCACCGGCUGCUCAGAUUUUAAUUUGAUAGUCCAGAACCUGGAAGCUGAAAAUUACAAUAUUGAAUCUGCAAUAAUUGCCAUGCUUCAGAUGAACCAGGGGAAAAGAAAUAAUGCAGAGGAGAGCCUUGAGCCCAGUGGCCGAGCGCCGAAGCAGAGUGGUCCUUUAUGGGAGGAGGGUGGCAGUGGCACCAGGAUCUUUGGAAACCAGGGCUUAAAUGAAGGCAGGACUGACAACAAUAAGGCGCGGGCUGGCCCUAGCGAAGAGAACAGAGCAAAUAAAAACCAGCUCCCAAAGGUCAGCAGCCGGCAGCGGAGAGAGCAGCAGCGCCUGGAGAAGAAGAAGCGACAGGAGGAGAGGCACCGUCACAAAGCCCUGGAGAGCAGGGGCGGCCACAGGGACAAUAAUAACCGGAGCGAGGCGGAGGCCAACGCGCAGGUCACCUUGGUGAAGACCUUUGCCGCGCUCAACAUCUGACUCACCCGGCCGGCCGGGUGUUGGGGGAGGUCAUGGAAGGCGCCGUGCGUGUGUGCAGGGCACCGGGCUCCCCGGGGAGGCCGUCCCUGGUCCCUGGCGACAGCCCGCAGAAGCACCGGGAGCCUGGAGCGUGCCCGGGGUUGGUGUCCGUGCUCGGGGCCGUCUCGUUCGGGGUUCGUUGGCGAUGUGUGUGGUUCAGCGGGAGUCCGGGGAAGCCGUUCGUUCGUGUUCUGUGACGGACGUGCUGAGCUUCAGGGCGGAUCGCUGGGUCAGGAGAAGCCUUGUGGGUGUGACUCCACUUGUUCUGAAAUGCUGGAGUCAGAGUUCAGCGGCCCGGGAUCUUUCCCUAAGCCUUGGGGGGGACUUUUGCUGUAAUAGUUCAUGAAGUAGUUUAGAUGGAUUGCCGGAAACUCAGAAUGACAAGGUUCCUUUGUUUCUCUUUCAGUUUUGAUCAGAUAUAUUAAUAUACAGGCUAGUCUGUAAGCGAUCUCCAACUCAGGAACGUGGCUAGACUUAAUUUUAACUCACGUUGAUCAGAAAAUACUUCAGGGUGUGUGCUCUGCUUUCCCCAAGUUCUGGGAGCGGGGGUGUGGUCUGCAGUCCGAGCGGGACUCAAACCAGGUGUCCGUCCUCCCUGACUCUGCUGCCGUUGCAGACGGGGCACAGGUGCGGCUGCCGUUCCCACCGCAGCCGUGUGAGUCACGCGCCCGACUGCCAGAGGCCCGGGCCCUGCGGGAGAGGCGGCAUGUUGUUGAGACUUCGGUACUUGGGUUUGGACGCGCGCGUUUGGGGCUCUGGCAGCGUGAGAGCUCAGCAGGGGAAAUCGAGGCUGCUCUUGAGUGUUUGCCUGGGAAGAGGCUCAAGAGUUACCCGGUUUUGUAGGGGAGAAUGUCGGGGAGAAUGUCUGGAAGAAUGUCUGAGGUUGUUCGUCUUCACAUUGUAACUAUUUUCUUCCCCACUUUUCUAGACGUAGUUGCCUUCAGAGAAAUAAAAGGUAACUUGACCUGUUGCUAAAUUUUUGUGUGUGUUGUGAAAAUGAACCACAAAAUGCUGCCUUUAUUUCUGUUCAAGCCCUGUCUGGGAUCCUGAUGUGGGGGAGCUCCCGAGCGCCCACCACACAGUGUCGGUGAGUCGGGGGACCAGCAGGGCAGAGGCCGUGCCCCGCGGAGCGCUGCAGGGGGCGCCGCGGUUCCACGGCAGCAGAGACCGGGGCAGUGGCGGCCUGUCGUUCCUGAGACUGGGGUAGGUGGACGUGACCCUGGAGACUGGAGUGUCUGACGUGGCCAGUCUUGCAUAGUCUUUACCUUUGGGGGACCCGGUACUUAGACGGGAAAGACAUGCCAAUGAAAAGGUGAAGGGUUGCCUCCGCCAUCUGGGGUGUCGGAGCUGAGGCGAGGGGGCCUGUGGGCAGGCGUUGGUGGCGCGGCGUGCCGUGUCCGGGCUGGCCGGGUUCACCUGGUGGUCUGCUGGUAGGCAGUUUGCUUUCUUCGGUUUAAUGACGAGUUUUAAUUUUUUGCUUUUUUUCCUUUGGUGACUUUUUGGGGUUGGAGCGUCAGUUGCCUCUAGGAGUUGGUCCCCGGAUGUGGUAGUCUGGGCAUGUUCUGGCACGACGCACUCACUGUCGCCAGGUGGAGAGACCGCACGGCGUUCUUUCCAUGCGGCCAGCAGAGCCCUGAAUCUGAGGGGCACCAGGGCUCCACGCAGACAAGUGAAGGGUCCCCCCGCCUCCCUGUUUCCACGGGGGUGGGGAACGUGGAGACCAGAUUCCCCCAGAAGACCAAGACUGUGCGCCAGGAAUCCCGGAGAAUUCGGAGUCAGAAAUAGCUUAAGGGAGACUCCUUGUCAGAAGUGGUAGAAUCGCUUUCUUUACUUUGUUAGUGAAGGUGGCCUUGGGCCCUAGCGGGGUUUAGGAGUUGUAGAAGCUGCUAAAAAGUUGAUAAAGAAUAUGGGGCACAUUUAUUUAUGAAGUACCUAAUUCUGAUAACAGGCUCCAGCAUUUCUGGGGUAAGAGAGCAGUGGUUUUAACAACUAACCCGAUGGCUCCAGUAAGGUUCUCUUAUUGCUGUUCUGUGGCUUCCCGGCUGUGCCCGGGCCGUGUUGAGCACGUUAACCAUCGGGGUGGGGACGUGUACACCCAGCUGCAGUGAUGCCUUUGGCUGAGGGUUUGAAUGUGGACUUCACCUUCUCGGUUUCCCUGAAGAAGGAGGUGGGUGGAGUCUGUGACUUAGUUGCCUUCAUAGUCACUUGAAAAUCGCUUCACGGGCUGCCGACGGGGAGGCUGAGUUCAGCCCCGCACGGCCGCUGUCGGCAACUAGUCCGCGGGAGAGCCUCGUGCGUGCGCUCCCGUGAGGGGGCGGGUCUCUCCUGCCCGCUGUCCCGUCUCGGCUGCCACGUGGGGCUUCGCGGCGGCCUUCAGUGCCGCCAGCAGCAGGGUGGGGCCAGCAGCAGGGUGGGGCGGCCAUCCAGAGCUGCUCAGUAGUCCUGGAAACUGUACAUGAAGGUUUUAUGAAUAAAAAAAGUUUUUUUUUUAAAAGAACAAGAAAAGAUUGUAGUGGCAACAGCUUUGUACUGGAGAGGUAGGUGUAUUAUUAAAAGAACAGAGAACCGCAGCUUGUAGGCGAUACCGGUGCCACCAGGAGGUAUUAGAGAGAGAGAAUGUGCGUGCGCAUUCAGUUUUUCACUGGCACGAACAUGUGCCUUCAGCACUGGUUGAGGAAUUGGGGCAGAAAGGAGAAUCUUGAGUGUUGGCUGAGGUCGUCUGUAGUUUCUUUUUUAAGCUCUGAAGACACUUCCAAACCCGUUUCGGAUCUGAGGCCUUGCAAAGGGGGAUCUCCCUCGUGGAGCACCUAGCGCUGGGCCCCGGAGAGCCUUUGCGUGGGUGGUGUAACAUGCCCCGUUUCCCCGGGGAGCUCUCGCAGCGUGGAACGGUACGGUGGGGGCGGGCGGGGGUGGACCACGCACCCGGGGAGAGCUGCUCACACGGGAAACAUGGGGGUCAGACGGACUUGGGCAUCGGACCGCACUCGGGCGGGUCCCUGUCGUCCACGUGCAGUUUCUCUCGUUCGGAGAAACUCGAGACUCUGCCCGGGUUUUUCUGGGUGGACACAGAGUGCGAUCAGUUUACCUCCGCGCAGUGUGCAGCUCGGACGUUCGGUCGGCGAAAGGAAACCGGACUCCCCGUCAGGGCUGGCGGGGUCAUGCCGGCCGCGGGGCCUGGGGGCGGGUGGGGAGGGGGCUGCGAGGCUGCGGCCCUCACGGCUGUGGCCUCUCUGGCCCCCACCCCGGGCGGCGCACAGCUCGGUGCCUCUGUUAGUACCUCAGGCCUCUGUGGCAGACCCUCAGGCUCAGGGCCCGGCGCGGCCUUUCUGUUCCUCAUUCUCCGGACGCUGUCCGGCCGUCUCAGCUUUCAGAACCAGCGUGGCUGAAACCCGGGCCUCCCGACCUCGGUUCCAGGGGACUGGGGCGUGGCGCUGUUUCCAGGUGUGUUUUCCCGAGUCUCGAGUGGAUUGUGUUUUUCGGCUGACGUUGAGUUGGAGAUCCAGAUGGCAUAUUUAAAUCGGAGCAAGUCUCCCACCGUCUCCUCUCGGAGGGGGAGUGGAAGGUGUGACUCGGAGACAGCGAGCACCAGUCACAGAGCACCAGUCUCAGCUCUUGCGCAGCGCGGGAGCCCGGCUUGGGGCUCUGUCCCCAGGUGGAACCCCUGGAAACCCUUAGGCUCUGAACCGUUUUCCCUGAGGGGUUGCUUUCUAGAGUCUCCCUCUCUCCCCUCGUGAGACCGCUUGGUAACACCCUUGCAGGGGAACCGGAGGAGAGGGAGGUACCAGGAAAGACUGCACUUCGGUGAAAGCACGGCUUCCGUGCAGUGACUGUGUUUGAGCAGGACACCCCCAGCGUGCAGACCGGCUCACCGGGCCGGCGGUCGGGGAAGCCUUGACCUCUGGACAGAACAACUGGGCCCGGCCUCAGCCCUCUGCACGUCUGCGGCCAGCCGGUCGCUGCGGCCAGCCGUCCACGGCCAGCACGUGAGCUCAGUCCCAGGCCUGGGCCUGGCGGGUCCCUCGACCAGAACUUGAGGAGCACUGGUGUGGGGCUCCUCACACCUUCCCCCUCUCCUCGUUCGUUUCCUUGGAUGCUGCCCUUCUAGCAUCUUCCACCAGCACUGCGCUCAGGGAGAAGAAAAGAGCCAGGACCUCAAACCUCCGUGUUCCUCUUCCUGAGGCAGACGUGCGGGGGCGUCAGGCCCCCUCGAGGAGGAGGGCGUGCAUGUCUGUGGGGAGCACGGGCCUCGCAGGCUCAGGAACCUUCUCUCUUCUCGUUGCACUAUGCUUGUUCUAGCUUCAGUCUGGAGGUAAGUGUCAGACCUCCGUGGGGUCACGACCCGCAGACCCAGCAAGCCUUGCCUUAUCCCUGGAGCUCAACCGGAGAAACGGGACCGUCGUCCGGUGUCCAAGUCCAUGCCCUCUAGGCUGUUCGUCUCUUUCCACAGACUGUGUUAGUCCGAGCCGUUUCACUUUUUAUCUACCAAAGUACUGUACUUGGCUAUUUGCAGUGUUUUCAAAACCAAAUGUUCCUUUUAUUGUGUUUUCAAUCUUCAAUACUUGGUGCAAUAGAAGCUGCAAAGAUGUGCCACUUUAUCUAUGGAAAGUUUAUUGCAUACCAAUAAAUUCUAGUUUAAAGACAAA